GAAUCCCAACUCGCAAUGAUAUAGUUGCAGAAAAUGACGAGGGUUUGUCUGCAAUUCUCAAUAAUGCUUUAGCUAAAAGAGAAAAGAUCUCUUUUAUGGCUAUUGAUUUUGAGGAAUUAUCAGAAAAAAUAGGUAAAAAAAAUCAUUAUGUUUUACGUCUUUAUGGCUCUCUCAUCAAUGGCCAAAAAGCGGUAGUUACUCUUACGGGAAUCCAGAUUUUCUUUGAUAUACUUGUACCUGAUAAUGAAACUAUAAAUGAGUUUAGGAUAAAAAUAGAUGAAAUUCUUAGUAAUAUGAUAAACAUCUAUAAAAUAGAACAUAUUAAGGCCUUUCUCUUGCAUGGUUAUCAUACAGAAAAAAAGUCAUAUUUACAAAUUUUUAUACUCGGUAGUGGGGAUAGAAAGAAAGCUCUCCAAGCUAUCCAAGAUAACAAUUUUGAAACCGCUUCAGAUGAUAUGUUCUCAUUCCACCGUAAAAUAGCUAGAGAAAAUGGAAUUGCGAUUUCUGGUUGGUCUAUGAUAAGCAAAAGAUCUAAAAAUAAUAAGUAA